UUUCUUCUUUUUAUUUUUUUCUCUCUUUCCUUUCUUCAGGCAGGCUGUGGGCUAACCCAUGUCAGCAAUGGCAGUGCCCUUGCCGAAAACCUACCUAACCAACUGUGGCGUUCAGCUCAUAACUUAGACAGGACAGAUCGUGUGUGGAGAACCUGGCACGGAGCUCAGCCGCACUGCACCGCGAUGGCAGCCUCUUCUUGCUUCUCCCUCCGCACACCCAGCCGGCUGACGGACGGCGGAUAACAGCAGCCAUGUCCAGCUCGAAUCCGUCGGCGACGGACAUCAUCACGUACAUCGGCGUGCCGCUGGCCGUGCUCGGGGUGCUCCCGAUCCUGUACAACACGGCGGUGACGCUGGCGGCCGUGUCGCGCAUCAAGCGCAUGCUGCGGCACAGCAGGCUGACGGCCCUCACGCGCAGCGACGUGGUCAACCGCGUCAUCGAGGUCGAGCUGCCGCGCUACGCCGUGCGGCCCUGGGACCGGUUCGCCGACCGCGCGCAGUACUGGACGCUCUCGCGCCACCCGUCCAGCAUCCCCGGCGGCAGCUGGACCACCUUCAACUGGCAGACCAACGUCAUCGGCUUCAAGACGCAGCGCGUCGAGUAUGCCGACCAGCUGCGCCAGCCCCAGGUCGAGGUGGCCUUUGACGAGCUGGUGUGCUACCUGCUAGAUCUCGGCGCCGUGCCGGACCCGCAAGGCUGGCGGCUCUUGCGGUCGGCGGGCCUGUGGACGCCCGUCGGCUGCGCGUUGAUGCUGUCGCCCGACGGGAAGGAGAAGGCGCUGACCAUCGCGCCGCUCGACGGCUCCGACGGCUACCUGAGCCUGGCGGUCACCUGGGCUGGGCCCUGGACGACGCGCGACUACACCCACCUGCCGCCGUACUGGGUGCGUCUUCCACCACCGCCACCACCACCUCCCGCCCCAUCAACAGCGGAGGACGAGGGUUCCACAAAAGCUGAGGUCAGCAAGGACUCCAGCUCGGCGGCAGAAGCGGAAGGGAGCGCCGACCUGCCCCGGGAGGAAGCAUCCUCCAGCCUCAAGAAGCCAUCGCUCGACUCGGCCCGGCAACGCGGCAUCACCAGCUCCAGCAACCCCAUCACCUGCCAAAUCUCAGCCGACGGCAUCGUCACGGCGCUCAGCCAAGACCCGGACCGCCAGUUCGCCAGCACCGUGCACCUCGACAGCCUGUACAUCGAGCACCUGCGCGUGCGGCCGGGGCAGUCGGCGGGCGCGUGGUUCGCGAGCGCGGCGACGGCGUACGGCACGAGCAGCCAGACGAUCCUGUGGAACUACAAGAUCCCGGACGACAUCCUGCGCUUCGCGCGCCGCGAGACGGUGCCCUGCGGCGUGUUGGUGCUGCUGGGCGUCGUCGACGAGGCCGCCACGCCCGAGUGGGCCACCCGGCAGCACGGCGGCGGCGACGACGACCACGCCCGGCAGCUCGACCUGUUCGCCCGGCGCCACCGGGAGCAGCGCGCCGCCAUGGAGGCCGAGGCCAGGAUGCCGCCUGCGCAGAGGGCCGCCGCCGUACAACAGCGGGUCAUGCGCGAGAAUCAGGAGCGGCUGCAGGAUAUGAAGGACAAGCUGCGAGCGGAGGCACAGCGCAAGGAGACGCGCAUGAUGGAGGCGCUGCAAAGCCCCAAGUGGGAUACCAAGCUCGUGGCGGAGCACAACCUCGCGUGGCUGAAGACGACGGGCGCGGUGUCUGGCGAGUGCGGCGUCAAGGAGGUCGUGGGGACGCUGCUCCACCGGAUGGUGCUCGACGGGGAGUUCACCUCGAGGCUCUGCCGGAUGCUGGAUCUGUGGAAGGCGUGGGCCGAGAACGGCGGCAUGCGCAAGUCGGACCUGGCGGCGCUGCAGGAGGACCAGACGACCUUUGCGUAUGCGACCUUGCUGGUGGCUAUCAUCGAGGGGACCUCGUCGGCAUUGGAGGGGACGCUGUCGAUGGACUUGCAGGAGUGUCUGCGGAUGUGGAGAAUCGUCAGGUUAGGGUAGUCUCUUUUUCUGAAACUGUAUAGCAUCCUUCAUGGUGCACCAUCUCGACGAUUAAAUAUAAUA